CCGAAACAGCCGCCGUGCCUCUGUACCUAGCGGUUUCCUUGUCAUGGCGUUCUUCAAAAUUUCCAAAGGCAAACUCUUUCUGUGCCGUCUCAAACCCUUUCUUGCUUUUGAGACGAACAUUGGAAUCCAUUUUCAGAGGUUCAGGUGUAACCAUGCUGCACGCGCCCAUCGAGCUUAUUUCUCUUCUGAUGCGGGUACUUGUGGAGCCGAAUUUUCAAAAUGGAGAAAGCUGGAUUCGAGGAAUCUGGGGAUAACAAGGUCAAUGAUAUCUGCUUCUAGUUGGAUUGUUAUAAAGAAUCUACGAGCUGCAGGGUUUGCGGCCUAUCUAGUUGGUGGAUGUGUUAGAGACUUACUAAUCAAUAGAGUGCCGAAAGACUUUGAUGUGAUAACAACAGCAAGUCUUAAGCAGGUGAAGAGAAAGUUUCAGCGUGCAAUAAUUGUUGGACGAAACUAUCCAGUAUGCAGGGUAUCUGUAAAAGGUUCUAUAGUGGAGGUAACUAGUUUUUCUACUGCUACUGCUACUGAACAAUUUGGAAGUAAGGUACUUGACAUCUUCCAAAUGCCCAAAUACAGUGAUCGAGGGGACUAUAUUCGGUGGAAAGAUAGCAUGAGGAGAGACUUUACGGUUAACAGCUUGUAUUUUGAUCCGUUCGUGAAUAUUAUAUUUGACUAUACAAAUGGAGUGGGGGACUUGAGGUCUUUAAAGUUAAGGACUGUAAUACCAGCUCAGUUGUCAUUCAAAGAGGAUAAAGCAAGGAUUUUACGUGGAUUGAGACUUGCAGCCCGUCUUAAGUUAUCGUUUUCCAAAGAGACAGAGACUGCUUUAGAUGAUCUUUCUUUGUCAAUCACUGAACUAAGCAAGUCUAGAAUACUUCUGGAGAUGAACUAUAUGCUAGCAUAUGGAGCUUCUGAACCCUCACUUGUCUGGCUUGCAAGAUUCAAUCUGCUUAAAAUUUUACUGCCGUUUCAUGCAGCGUACCUUUCUGAGCAGAUGGACCAUGGACUUAGCCUGCAUUCCUUAAUGUUAAUGAAAUUAUUUUCAAAUCUGGAUCAGUUGAUUGCUUGCGAUCGACCUUGUAAUGACAGUUUGUGGGUUGCACUAUUGGUAUUUCACCUUGCACUGUUUCGAAAUCCUCAACCUGCUAUUGUGAUUUUGACCUUUGCAUCACUUCUUCAUAAUGGAACAUGGGAGGACAGUAUCAAAUUUUCAAGGGAAAAUGAACCGACAGUGCAAACACAUACGCCUGAGAUUUCUGGUAAUUUUAACAACCUAUCAGAUGAUGAAAUAGCUAAAAGUGUAAUUCAGUUUGCUAGGCAAGUGGAAAACUCUGUAGAUGUUCUCGUGAAUAUGGAUUCCCUCUCAGAAGCAAUGACCAGAUUCCCUGAAUUUUCGCACUCCGGUUUGGUUUUUGUACCUCCAAAGAUGGGCAGCCGUACGAAGUAUAUAUUUAGCAUCUUCGGAAAAGGUAUCAGAUCCUUAAAAGCUGACAAAAGAUCUUAUGAGAUAGAUUACAAGUUGCUGAUCCAAGGAGAGGCCUCCGAAAUCAGGUUUGUGCUCGGUAAGAUAAUAUUAAGCAGUAUGAUUUUGGGGGCUAACUCAGACACCAGAGUGACUAAAGUGGGCAAAGAAGAUGAACAAGUAAUGAAUCCAUUCCGGAAGUUGGAGAUUCUUGAAUCCACCCAUUAUACCAAUGGUACCUCCAUGAGUGAGGAUGUAUUUACGCAAGUUAAGUUACCAAUUAUACAUGACAACGCUCACAAGGAUGUUCUGUCCUCUAAUAGAAAACAAGGGGACGCAGAUUCUGAUUCACGCAGUCACCAUUUGGGUCUGGAUAAGAUUGAGAAAUCAAAAUCCAAGACUGAGAGAGCUCACUCACUUUCUCGCCUUUUUAUGUGAACAGUGAUGAAAGAAUGCUGGAGGAUGUGACUUGCAACAUCAGUGUUCAAUUCUAUGGGAGACACAUUAAGUUACCAUCCCACUUAGAUGGGGUUUUUUUUGCAGAAAGGUCUUCAAUGGCAAUGAAUUCAUCAUCAAUUUUGUCCAGUUGAGUUUAAGGACAAAAUAAAAGAUGAAAAGCGAAUGACAGUAGCUCAGAAGACGGGGAGAUGAGAAAGAUUAUCUUUUAAACUGUUGCUUGGAAAGAGGAUGAUAUAGAUGGAUGGCUGAUGGGGGAUCUAAUUUGGUUGUGGGGAGUGUACUUAGUGUAUGAACUACUUGAAUAAUUCAACUAUUUUCCAUGGCCUCGCCUUGCAAGUUUUUUUAGUUAUCUGUUAUUAAAAUGUAGGGAAUUGAAGUCGCAAUUGUUUUUGUUUGGAUGCAAA